AUGGCUGACGAGCCAUCCAGUCAGUCGGUCGAGAGGAUGGACCCAAUUCCCGAAUCUCGACCGGCCUCGCCAGCACAACCGGAACCGACACAUCCACCGCCACGUCGUGAGGGGGGAUUCGGAAUGCCAUCGGCCCUGAAGAGGACAAGUACUCAGCCGAUCGAGGCGGAGAACACAGGGUCGUCGACUCGGCACCACCGAGGGCAGUCCGUAUCUAACAGCCUACGACCGGUGGAUUCAAAUCGAAGUCGAGCACGAGCCGGGUCAACUACUAGCUCCCGCUAUCGCAGAAGUGCCAAUAUGGAGCGGCAACCGACUUUCAUGAAUCCUGGGAUGCGGAAGCGGACGACGACCUGGAACCUGAAUGGGCCAAGUGCCCUUGGAGGGCGACCAGUACGCCGCAGGACGAUACUUCUCGGUAAUGGCGCUUCUUCCGCUGUCGAUGUCGGAGAUAACCAUUCUGCGGCUGGAUUUACACUCUCCGGCCCAGGUAACCCGCUCGAGUCUAUCGUCGCAAACCAAGCGUACGUUGACCCUGGGUAUACCGACCUGAAUCCAGCUUACGAGCAAGCGACAAAUAACCGUCCAGUGUGGGGUCUUGCAAAGCCUCUACCUCACGUUGUCCGUCCUGGCAUGAUUCCAACUCAGCGCGAAUUCCGCGAACAAGCCCCAGGGCAGCUGCAGCAUGAGCAACAAGCGCAUGAGGAGUUUGACCUGGAGGCUGGCCGUGUCGAGUCGACAAUCAAUCCCCACAAGAUCUCAAGUGCUCUUCAAGCAGCCCAACAAGACCGAGAGUUUAGACUGCUUAGGACUUACACGGGCCAGAGUUACACCGGUGGCUUUUCUGGACGCAAGGUUUCGGUGUCGUCGGGCCAAGGAAAGCCGUCGACGUCAGAGGACCUCGGAAAGCUGGACAAGUCUGACGCUGAACAAGCAACCCAAAGGGCCCGCCGCCAAAGUGUGACCGUUACUGAGCUUGCUUCAGUCGCCGAGCAGAAAACACCCGAUGAAGAUGAUCACACCAACGGCAGAGGCUAUUUCGAAAGCAGCCCUGCUCAAGGCGUGGAGACCAUCGACAACGACUGGGUCGAAGAUGAACAACUGGAGCCGUACGAUCCGGAGCUCGAUGAGAUCCACAACCUCCACACCCACUGGUCCGUGAUCCGUCUGAAGUUCCGCGAACCCCUCGCUGAGCUCCUCGCCGUCACAUGUCAGCUCACCCUGGGCUUCUGCACCGAUCUAGUCGUCACUUGCUCCAAGAACAGCUCUGGCAAUGCUAUAUCCGCUGAUUGGGCGUGGGGUCUCGCCGCCAUGGUAGGCAUCUAUAUCGCUGGUGGGAUUUCCGGUGCGCAUCUCAAUCCGGCAAUGUCAAUUAUGCUCUGGAUCUAUCGCGGCUUCCCAUUGCGCAAGAUUCCCUCAUAUGCCAUAGCCCAAGUCCUUGGUGCGUUUCUAGCAGCGCUUAUCUCAUUCGGUCUCUUCCGCAAUAGCAUUGUCGAGUUCGCCAACACCGCAGACCUUGCCAACACCAACACAGCGUCCGCUUUCAUCACGUACCCUCGCAACACGUGGAUUGACCCUGUGACGGCGUUCUUCACCGAGUUUACAGGUACGGCCAUCAUGGCUGUCGCUAUCUUAGCGCUUGGAGAUGACAGCAACGCGCCUCCUGGAGCGGGUAUGAACGCCCUGAUCGUUGGACUCAUCGUUGUAGUCAUUUCGAUGGCGCUUGGAUGGAAUACAGGGCUCGCCAUGAACCCAGCUCGAGACAUCGGACCGCGGCUAGCCCUCCUUGCCCUGGGCUAUGGGACCGAAACCAGCUUUAACGGGUCCUACUGGUUCUGGGGGCCGUGGUGCGGGCCUAUACUGGGCGCGAUAUUUGGUGCGUUCCUAUACGAUAGUGCAAUCUUCGUCGGAGGCGAGUCUCCCGUGAACUACCCGCGGAAGAGAGUCAAGCGGGCGCUCCGCAAGAAGAAGAGCAAGUGGAACAAGCGCUUCCAGGUUGUCACUCGGGGCAUUAAAGUCGGCCGUCCUAAGUACGCCAGCGACGAUUGGAAAUUCGAGUUCGAUAAGGCGUCUUAA